GAGUGAGAGAGAGAGAGAGAGAGAAAGAGAGAGAGAGAGAGGGAGAGAGAGAGAGAGACAGGGAGAGAGAGAGGGAGAGAGACAGGGAGAGAGAGACAGGGAGAGAGAGAGACAGGGAGAGAGAGAGGGAGAGAGAGAGAGAGAGAGAGAGAGAGAGAGGGAGAGAGAGAGAGACAGGGAGAGAGAGAGGGAGAGAGAGAGAGAGAGAGAGGGAGAGAGAGAGAGAGACAGAGAGACAGGGAGAGAGCGAGAGAGAGAGCGAGACAGGGAGAGAGCGAGAGAGAGAGCGAGAGAGAGAGCGAGAAAGAGACAGAGAGAGACAGAGAGAGUGAGUGAGAUAGUGAGACAGAGAGACAGGGAGAGAGCGAGAGAGAGAGCGAGGGAGAGAGCGAGAGAGCGAGAGAGAGAGAGAGCGAGAGAGGGAGAGCAGAGAGAGUGAUUGAAUGGGACAGAUUGGGAGGUGUGAGAAAAAGCGAGUGAGUGAGGCAGAGAGAGAGAGAGGAACAGAGGACAACAACAUAGCAACAGUGGAGGGAGAGCAGGCUUAGCAGCAUAGAAAAACACCAAUAAAAACACUAUUCAAUGCUACAUUGGAUUGGAUCCACGCUGGACAACCUGUGUGUGUGUGUGUGUGUGUGAGUCAGCCUGGUUGUGACAGUGUGUGAGAGUGUCUGUGUGUGUGAAUGUGUGUGUGAGAAACAGAGAGCGGUUGUGUCUAUGAGAGAUGUAAUCCGAAAGAACAUGCGUGUGAGAGACAACCUGUGACUGUGUAUGAGGAAGGGGUUUGUUGUGUGUGUGUGUGUGUUAUAGACUGUACCUGACUAUGAGUUGUGCAAUGCAAUGCAGCAUUACUUCUGAAGAGAGGAGACACUGAAGAGCGAACACUGCAGGGAUACUUGUGCAGCUACUCUUGUGUCAGACACACCACUGUAGUGGACAGCGUCAGAGCCCACGGCUGGAGAGGACAGGACAGGACCUCUUGCCUGGAUAAUACCAUAGGGAUUGUACCAUUUUGGGAAGAUCACAGAGGUGGCAUAGACAAUACUAUACAGGUAGAUUGUACCACUGGGACGACGGGGUGAUUGUGUGUUUUCAGGAUGAAUCUGGACCCUGUUCAGGUGAUGAAGGGGCAGUCUAACCCAAAGGACCCCACGGCUGCCCCUGUAACUGCCUCGUCAAAUGGAGAUGGCAAAGGAGCCUGGGAAGAGAAAGAGGAGUUUGACCAAGGCCACCUGGGUCUCACCACAAAACCCCUACUGCCCAAGCCUGAGAAUGCCGUGACCAUUGCAGUGUCGUCCCGGGUCCUGUUCCGUACUGAGACGGAGCAGAAGGUGUAUGAGCAGAAGGGGGUAGAGGAGUACCUAAGGUAUCAGGUGGAGCACGAGAACGAACCCUUCGCCCCAGGACCAGCCUUCUCCUUCGUCAAGGCGUUGGAGGCGGUGAAUGCCCGCCUGAGAGAACUGUACCCAGAGAGUGAAGAACUGUUUGACAUCGUCCUGGUAACCUAUAACCACGCCCAUGUAGGAGUCAGACUCAUCAAUACCAUCAACCAUCACAAUCUGUUCAUUGAGAGGUUCUGUAUGACGGGAGGCAGUUCACCUAUUGGAUACCUAAAGGCGUGGCAGACCAACCUGUACCUGUCUGCCGAUGCGGAGAAGGUCAGGGAGGCGCUGUCUGAAGGCAUUGCUGCGGCCACCAUGUUCAUGUCCAAUAAGCUGACAGAGGUAUCGCAGACGCAGCUGAGAGUGGCCUUUGACGGGGAUGCUGUCCUCUUCUCUGACGAAUCAGAACGCAUUUUCAAGGCCCAGGGCCUCGACGGGUUCUUCCAGCACGAGAGAGACAACGAGGACAUUCUACUGGACCGUGGCCCUCUUAAGGACUUCCUAGCGUCCCUUGGUAAACUCCAGAAGAAGUUCUAUGCUAAGGGUCACCGUCUGGACUGUCCCAUCCGUACCUACCUGGUGACGGCCCGCAGCGCAGCCAGCUCAGGGAUCCGUGCCCUGAAGACCUUGAGAGCCUGGGGCCUGGAGACGGACGAGGCUCUGUUCCUGGCCGGGGCACCCAAGGGCCCGAUGCUGGAGAAGAUUAGGCCCCACAUAUACUUUGAUGACCAGAUGUUCCAUGUGGAAGGGGCAGCGGAGAUGGGCACGGUUGCGGCUCACGUACCCUACGGGAUCGCUCAGAAGCACCCACAUAAGAAGAGCCUGAAUACAGGGAAUUAGAUAGCGGAAGGAGAGAAUAAGAGAAAGAUUGAAGAAACUAAGAGGAGAGAGACCUGAGAUUAAAUACUUUUAGAGAGGGAGAUAUAGAGUCAUAUGGAACAUCUGAUCUUCCCCGGGUCAUUGUCACAAACAAGAAAAGGGUUAUUUUCAGUCAGUGAGCUUAGAGGUAGAUCAAUUAAAAAUUAAGACAAUGAAGAAAGUCUGUAAAGUUUUGCUAUUGAAAUACUCCUAAUAGACGAUAAUUUAAUUGUGUUGAUUACAGUAUGUGCUUUUCACCAGAUUUCAGAAGUGUUUGUGUUGUACAUAAGAGGGGUUGUUUCACCUCCUCAGCAUCCUGUGUGUGCAGCCGUUAUAAUCAUCCUUAUGAAUGUGUUAUCAUAAGCACUUUGGUUGGCCACGGGAGGGUUCUACAUACCUGAUAUAGAACCAGAGGAGAGUUCUACAUACCUGAAAUAGAACCAGAGGAGAGUUCUACAUACCUGAUAUAGAACCAGAGGAGAGUUCUACAUACCUGAUAUAGAACCAGAGGAGAGUUCUACAUACCUGAUAUAGAACCAGAGGAGAGUUCUACAUACCUGAUAUAGAACCAGAGGAGAGUUCUACAUACCUGAUAUAGAACCAGAGAAGAGUUCUACAUACCUGAUUUAGAACCAGAGGAGAGUUCUACAUACCUGAUAUAGAACCAGAGGAGAGUUCUACAUACCUGAUAUAGAACCAGAGGAGAGUUCUACAUACCUGAUAUAGAACCAGAGGAGCGUUCUACAUACCUGAUAUAGAACCAGAGGAGAGUUACAUACCUGAUAUAGAACAAGAGGGGAGCUCUACAUACCUGAUAUAGAACCAGAGGGGAGUUCUACAUACCUGAUAUAGAACCAGAGGAGAGUUACAUACCUGAUAUAGAACAAGAGGGGAGCUCUACAUACCUGAUAUAGAACCAGAGGGGAGUUCUACAUACCUGAUAUAGAACCAGAGGAGAGUUCUACAUACCUGAUUUAGAACCAGAGGAGAGUUCUACAUACCUGAUUUAGAACCAGAGGAGAGUUCUACAUACCUGAUAUAGAACCAGAGGAGAUUUCUACAUACCUGAUAUAGAACCAGAGGAGAGUUACAUACCUGAUAUAGGAACAGAGAGUUCUACAUUCCUGAUAUAGAACCAGAGGAGAGUUUUACAUACCUGAUAUAGAACCAGAGGAGAGUUCUACAUACCUGAUAUAGAACCAGAGGAGAGUUCUACAUACCUGAUAUAGAACCAGAGAGUUCUACAUACCUGAUAUAGAACCAGAGGAGAGUUUUACAUACCUGAUAUAGAACCAGAGGAGAGUUACAUACCUGAUAUAGAACCAGAGGAGAGUUACAUACCUAAUAUAGAACCAGAUAGUUCUACAUACCUGAUAUAGAACCAGAGGAGAGUUUUACAUACCUGAUAUAGAACCAGAGGAGAGUUCUACAUACCUGAAAUAGAACCAGAGGAGAGUUCUACAUACCUGAUAUAGAACCAGAGAGUUCUACAUACCUGAUAUAGAACCAGAGGAGAGUUUUACAUACCUGAUAUAGAACCAGAGGAUAGUUACAUACCUGAUAUAGAACCAGAGGAGAGUUACAUACCUAAUAUAGAACCAGAUAGUUCUACAUACCUGAUAUAGAACCAGAGGAGAGUUUUACAUACCUGAUAUAGAACGAGAGGAGAGUUCUACAUACCUGAUAUAGAACCAGAGGAGAGUUCUACAUACCUGAUAUAGGAACAGAGAGUUCUACAUACCUGAUAUAGCCUGUCAACAACGAGCUUUACUUUCCCAUUUGACUUGAGCAAAUGCAUUCACUUGAACUGAACUUGUUUUAUUUUCUUCAACAUUUAUGGGAUGUAACAUGUGUCCUGUGCUAUUUUUAAUGGCCGAUCCAUGGCUGUGGUUGUAGCGAAGGGAAAAGGCUACAGGUGCUUCAGAACUCUCCACAGUCCGUCCUAAGAAGAAGAAGAAGAAUAAGACAGAGGUGAACUCUUGAUCGUAACCAGGAUGAUAUUUUAUGACGAAUGGCAUGACGAAUGGCAUCUGGACUGUGCUUCAAAACACAUGGAUGAGACUGACGACUGAUGACUGACGACUUAAAGGCGUGGCAACACCUCAAAAGUGUCCGGAAUUGGGAAUCGAUUCUAUUAUUUAUAGAAUCAACAAAGCCAUGAUCCAGAAGCAUAGAGGAAUGGGGUGAAAUAACUAUAUUUGACAGUUGCACGACAAGACAUACCUUUUAAUGAACAUAUGUAGCCACACAUGGAAACAGUUACGCGAUGUAAUGUAUUAAUUGAUAGACCUUAUUUGUUCGUGUCGAAUUGUCUCACUGUGAAAAAAAAGAAUGAAGAGGUCACUUGCAUGCUAGUCAUCUUCCCCGAAGAUAACAAAUAACACAAUUGUAUUAUCUCACAAAAGUCUUCUCCAAGUAACAAAGCCAUAAAUAACAACCAUAAUGUUUUUUUCAAAUCUCUGAGUUUCCAUUGGUGCCUUGGUUCUAACACAUGUAGAUGGUGUAUCACGUGUCUGUUCUGAGGGAACACUAGACGAUCAAUAAAGUUUUUACGAAUUCAAACUCCAUGACAGAACUAAGGAGGAAGUGCUAAAGGAAGUGCCUGGUUGCAUCCUAAAUGGGGAACCCUACUCCGUAUGUAGUGCACUACUUUUGACCAGAGCCCUAUGAGUCCUGUUCAAAAGUAGUGCACUAUAAAGGGGAUAGGGUAUGUAAGCGUGUAACAGUAGUUUAAAAUGGCUUCCUCCCGUCCUCUCCCUCCACCGUCACUGACGUUAAAGAACUUGAUGCAUCGUGAGACUUACAGUACCUCCCCUGUACCUGAUUCUACAGUCUACAUUGUCAACUCGGUCAUACGUUGAUAUACCAGCAAUGUUACGAGAAAAACGUAUGGAAUUAAUUUGUGUUAAAUAACAUGUGGAAUAGAAGAGUAAUUAAAGAUCUCUGUUGUCAUACAU